AUGUCUUUUAACAGAGAAGAAGACCAAAAACUGAAGUUUAAAACAUCGAAAAAACUAAAGGUGUCUUCGAAUUUCGAAAGCAUGAAGCUGAAAGAUGAUUUACUUCGAGGAAUAUAUUCAUACGGUUUUGAAGCACCAUCCUCUAUUCAAUCGAGAGCUAUUACACAGAUUAUCUCAGGAAAGGAUGUUAUUGCACAAGCACAAUCAGGUACAGGUAAAACGGCAACUUUUACAAUCGGCCUUUUACAAGCUAUUGAUUUAAGGAAGAAAGAUUUGCAAGCUCUAAUACUAUCUCCUACGCGUGAAUUGGCAAGCCAAAUUGGGCAGGUAGUAAAAAAUUUGGGUGAUUAUAUGAAUGUCAAUGCAUUUGCAAUGACUGGUGGUAAGACCCUGAAAGACGACCUGAAGAAAAUGCAAAAACAUGGCUGCCAGGUCGUUAGCGGAACACCAGGAAGGGUAUUAGACAUGAUUAAGAGACAAAUGUUGCAAACAAGAAACGUUCAAAUGCUAGUUUUAGAUGAGGCUGAUGAGUUAUUGAGCGAGACGCUAGGUUUCAAACAACAGAUAUAUGAUAUCUUUGCUAAAUUGCCUAAAAAUUGCCAAGUUGUUGUUGUAAGCGCAACAAUGAAUAAGGACAUCUUGGAAGUAACCAGAAAAUUUAUGAAUGAUCCCGUUAAAAUUCUAGUGAAGCGGGAUGAAAUAUCGCUCGAAGGUAUCAAGCAAUAUAUCGUUAAUGUUGACAAAGAAGACUGGAAGUUCGAUACUCUGUGUGAUAUAUACGAUUCUUUGACUAUUACACAAUGUGUGAUAUUUUGUAAUACCAAGAAAAAAGUAGAUUGGUUAUCCCAGCGGCUUCUUCAAUCCAAUUUUGCUGUAGUCUCCAUGCACGGUGAUAUGAAACAAGAAGAAAGAGAUAAAGUAAUGAAUGAUUUCAGAACAGGCCAUUCCCGUGUACUGAUAUCUACGGAUGUUUGGGCGCGCGGUAUUGAUGUUCAACAAGUUUCUUUAGUCAUUAACUAUGAUCUGCCAGAAAUAAUAGAAAAUUACAUCCAUCGUAUCGGUAGAAGUGGUCGAUUUGGUAGAAAGGGUGUGGCUAUAAACUUCAUUACCAAAGCUGACUCAGCAAAACUGAGAGAAAUUGAAAAAUUUUAUUCCAUCAAAAUAAAUCUAAUGCCGGCAAAUUUUGCAGAAUUGUCAUAA